UCUGGAUGAUGCCUCCGGAGGAAUGCCAACAUCUUUCUAUACUUCUAAAGAUCAUGAAUGCAAAGAAGACACUUGAGCUUGGUGUGUUCACAGGUUAUUCACUCCUUGCGACAGCACUAGCAUUACCGGCGGAGGGCAAGGUCACAGCAAUCGACAUUAACAGAUCCAACUUUGAGAUAGGACUGCCAUUUAUUCAAAAAGCAGGAGUUGAGGACAAGAUUAAUUUUAUUGAAUCAGACGCUCUCUCUGCUCUUGAUAAAAUGCUCCAGGAGGUUAAGGAAGAUGAGUUGUUUGAUUUUGCAUUUGUUGAUGCUGAGAAGUUAAACUAUGGAGAAUACCAUGAACGCUUGCUUAAACUCGUGAAGAUUGGAGGAGUUAUUGUCUAUGAUGAUACUCUUUGGUCUGGUCGUGUGGUUGCUCCGGUGGGUACUCCUCUUUCUGAGUAUGAUGCCAAAGUCAUAGACUACUUUCUGAAGUUUAAUAAGUUUUUGGCUGCUGACUCCCGGAUUGAGAUAUCACAGGUUUCUAUUGGUGAUGGACUCACCAUCUGUAUGCGUCUUAUCUAAUUAUGUGGUUUGAUUAUACUAAAAAACUUAAACUAUUGGGUGGAGAUCGACCCAAGCUUGUGAACCCAUGUGGCACCUCUUUAUCAGUGAUGUGGGGCAUCCCAUGACAUAUAUCUUAAUUUACAUUGCAUAUUUGAGCA